AUUAUUUUAGCAAAGCAUAAGGAAUUACUUCGUGAGCAACAAGAGCGUGAGGGAAAACGACAUCUUAAUCUUCUUUUAGAACAUUCAACGCACAUGUUAGAGGUUCAACAUAACGAGUUAGUUGGUACACAAUCGACGCGUGAUCGUAUGGGUGACGACGAUGAUGAUUACGAUGAGACUGAGAAUCUUGAUAUAGAGGAUUCAGAGUCUGAUCUAAAUAUAACCGAAUAUUAUAGUCAAAUGUCGGCCUCAUCUACUGAGGUAGACGAAAUUGAUCAAUUUAAUGAAGGUGAUGAGUCAUCGAUAGAUGCACAAGAUUUAGAAGAAGAUUCCGAAGAAGAAACUUUGAGAUCAUUAAUAGAAGAACCAGAAAACUCUGUUAAGGAAAAGCCUAAUAACACAAUAUCUGGUGUUUAUUCUGAAUGUGAAAAUCGAGAAAGCGAAGAACAAAUUAGUCCCACGUCUAAGGAAUCUGAAAUUUCUAAUACCUUAUCAGAACCUCCUACGGGAACCACACUAUCUACUGCCAAUGUAAGAACACAAAUUCCACCAUUAUUACGAGGACAACUACGUGAAUAUCAACACGUUGGUCUUGAUUGGCUUGCCAGUUUGUAUAAUAACGGUUUGAAUGGUAUUCUUGCUGAUGAAAUGGGUCUUGGUAAAACUAUUCAGACAAUUGCAUUAUUAGCUCAUUUGGCUUAUGAAAAAGGAGAUUGGGGUCCUCAUUUGAUUGUAGUACCUACGAGCGUCAUCAUCAAUUGGGAAAUGGAGUUUAAGAAAUGGUGUCCAGGGUUUAUAAUUUUGACGUACUAUGGUAGCCCAAAAGAACGUAGAGAAAAGCGUAUUGGUUGGAUGAGGGAACAUAGCUUUCACGUUUGCAUUACAUCGUAUCAUCUUGUUGUGUUGGAUCAAGUUGUAUUCAAAAAAAAGAAAUGGCACUAUCUAAUUCUUGAUGAAGCGCAUAACAUUAAAAAUUUCCAAUCACAACGUUGGAAAACCUUAUUGAAUUUUAAUUCAGAAAGAAGACUAUUGCUCACUGGUACACCAUUGCAAAACAAUCUUAUGGAAUUAUGGUCAUUAUUAUAUUUCCUGAUGCCUAAUGGGGUUUCCGGGGAUAUGCCACUUGGCUUUGCCAACCAAAAAGAGUUUCAAGAAUGGUUUUCACGUCCUGUCGAUAAGAUUAUCGAAAAUAAUGAACAAUUUGAUGAUGAAACUCUCGCCGCAGUUCAGAAAUUGCAUACAGUUUUACGACCGUAUCUACUACGUCGUUUGAAAGUUGAUGUAGAAAAGCAACUCCCUGCAAAACAUCAUCACAUAAUUAAAUGCAGACUCUCUAAACGGCAGCGUUUUUUGUAUGAUGACUUUAUGUCCCGUGCGAAAACCAAAGAAACUCUUCAAUCAGGCAAUUUCCUAAGUAUCAUAAACUGCUUAAUGCAAUUACGCAAGGUCUGUAAUCAUCCAGAUCUAUUUGAGGUGAGGCCUAUUCGUACGUCGUUUGCCAUGUCCAAAUCAGCAAUUGCAGAUUAUGAAGUCAAAGAAUUCUUGAUCCGACGGAGAUUGUUGCAAGAUCAUGACGUGUUUAAAAAAUUAAAUCUGGAGUUUAUGAACCUUAUUCCAAGUCAUUUUGAAGAUAGUCUUGAUCGAUUAAUUGCGAAUGAAUGGGAAAAAUUGAAUCCUGAGAAAAAAUUCUUAGAUAAAGUUAUAGAAAAUAGAAAUUUAACUUUUCAAAAGCCCAUGACUUACUGUAGCCUUGUUGAGUUUGGUCAUGCGACAGAACAUCGUGCUCGUCUUAAAACUAGGCAGCGGUGGGAUCACUUGCGAUAUAUUAACGAUUUUCGGCUCAGACGUCGUCCUAUAUACGGAACAGGCCUUAUAAAAUUAUGUCGACGACUAGGAUCAACUAAAUGUGACAUGCUAUUAGCUGAUACUAAAAAUCCUCGGACUUAUAUGAAUCGUAUUGAAUCAAUUACGGAUCUUAUUGUGUCCAAUGAACGUAGAUAUAACAUGACGGAAGAAGUGAUUAAGCAGUACGCAUUUGUAACACCUGCUGUGGUUGCGAGAGAUAUGGCUUCGUUAGCAUUAGCAGAAUUACCAGAUGAAUUACGUUUGAUGAUUCAUAACCAGGUGCAAGACAUAUAUCAUCCAAUACGUGUCAAACUUCAGAUUGCCUUUCCCGACAAGCGACUACUGCAAUAUGAUUGUGGAAAGCUGCAAGAAUUAGAUCGGCUGCUUCGAGAUCUUAAAGAAAAAGGUCAUCGCGCGCUUAUAUUUACUCAAAUGACUCGUGUUCUUGAUAUUUUGGAAAUAUUCUUAAAUAUCCAUGGACAUCGUUAUCUUCGACUUGAUGGUGCCACAAAAAUCGAACAACGACAAAUAUUGACAGAACGCUUUAAUCAUGAUCCAAAGAUAUUGGUAUUUAUACUUUCAACGAGAUCUGGUGGCUUAGGUAUUAAUCUAACGGGAGCAGACACCGUUAUUUUUUAUGAUUCGGAUUGGAAUCCUUGUAUGGAUCGACAAUGUCAAGACAGAUGCCAUCGCAUUGGUCAAACGCGUGAAGUAAACAUAUAUCGAUUCGUUAGUGAAUACACGAUUGAAGAAAACAUGCUACAAAAAGCCAAUCAAAAACGACUAUUAGAUAAAAUGGUAAUUACAGAUGGUGAAUUUACAACUGACUAUUUCCAAAAGUUGGAUUGGCGUGAACUUGUUAGCGAUAUAGCACCACAUCGUAUUAGAGAGGUGAAUGAUGAACCAAACUCUGGUGUGGAACUAGAGCAAUGCCUCGCAGAAGUUGAAGAUGAUACUGAUGUUACUGCGGCUCAGGUAGCUAGGAAUGAAAUGGAUCUUGAUCUUACGGAUUUUGCAGAAGUCGCUGAAACACCAGCAGAAAGUUCCAAUACUGCAGCUGCGGGACGGGCAAGUUCGGUCUCAACUGCACCAUCACCAAACGAGAUAGAUGAAGCGAACGAUGACAAACCAGAUCAUGUGGAUUAUUACAUGCUUCGAUUCAUGGAACGUGAAUUGGAACUUUAUGUUGGGUUCGGUGUAGGGAUGGGAUCGGCUUGA